AUAUUUGUACCAGCUGCUGUGCUAAAGGAAAGACUUGACCAAGAAUUAUUAGAAAGCUGUGGGGUUAUCACAUCCAAACUACAAUUUCAGCAAAAAUAUGUCAAGACUAAAACAAAGCUAUACUACAAACAACAAAAGUUUAACCUGUUGCGUGAGGAAAGUGAAGGCUAUGCAAAGCUGGUCACUGAGCUUAACCAGGAGAUCACAGACAAUACAACUUACACACAGGUGUUGGAGAACCUUAAAUCACUCAUUGGUUGCUUUGACUUGGAUCCUAAUCGUGUUUUGGAUAUCCUGUUGGAAUCGUUUGAGCGUCGUCCAGAACUGGAUGAUUUCUAUGUACCACUGUUCAAAGAAUAUGUCACAGAGCAAAAGACAUUGUGCCAUAUACUUGGUUUCAAAUUUCAUUUCUUCAAGGAGGAAGGAGACACCUGCUAGUCUGUACACACUUGCUGCUCACUUACUGCAGAACGGCCUGAUUGGUUUGGACUCCCUUUAUCCCCAUCUGUCUCCUCCAGACUCGAAGAUCCGGGAGCACCAUCAAAAGGAUAUAGAUGAUGCGAAGGCCUAUGCCAGGAAACUGAGUGUUGUAAUUUUGUCUGAACGCUCAGAUGACAAAAAGGAUGAUGACACUGUAAAAGUUGAUUUGCAUGUGACAAACCAGAAAUUGGGACUCAUUGAAGCCUUACUUGGACUUGGAGCCUGGGACAACGCUAAACAGAUUCUGGAUCGUCUGCCUGAGUUCUUUGCCACCACCUACAAACCCAUUGCUAUGGGUUUGUGUUCUCUGGUACAUUUCAUGAUGGACCCUGUUUACAGGACGAACUCUGGACUGCCAAGUAAGAUCUUGAAAAGCAAGAUACCUGAUGGUGGAAAAUUUGGUAGCAAGGUGGCCCAGGCACAUACAUUCCGAGAGCUUCACCAGAUGGUGCUUCCUGUCAUGAGAUACAUUGGACCAUAUACCUCCUGUGAUCCCAUACUUAUGGUCAAAAUUAUAAGACUGGGUAAAAAUUUUAUGGGAAAGAGACAUAGUGGUGGAAUCAGUCCUGAUGAUGAGGUGGCUUACUAUGGUUUCCUGAACAUGUUGGACGAAGUGUUGUUACCAGGCAUGGUACUACUACCCUGUAACUGUUGUAUCUCUGAAGAACUCUGGGGGUUCAUCAAACUCUUCCCGUACAUGUUGAGAUAUCGUUUAUAUGGAAAUUGGAAGAAUGAUACUUACAGCCAGCAUGCCAAAUUGAUCAGAGCUCGAGCUGAUUGUAUGGAGAGGGCCAAGUACAUUAUGAAGCGUUUAGCAAAGGAAAAUGUGAAACCUUCAGGACGUCAGCUGGGAAAACUUAGUCACAGUAAUCCAGGGGUCGUGUUUGAAUAUGUUCUGUCUCAGAUCCAGAGGUAUGACAACUUCAUUGGACCGGUUGUGGAUUCUCUCAAAUAUCUCACAUCUCUGUCCUAUGAUGUGCUGGCCUUUUGCAUCAUUGAAGCUGUGGCCAAUCCAGAGAAGGACCGAAUGAAAUACGAUGACACAAACAUCUCCUUGUGGCUGCAGAGUUUGGCAAACUUCACUGGGUCCAUCUGUCGCAAGUACAAUAUAGAGUUGGCUGGAGUGAUGCAGUAUGUAGCCAAUCAGCUCAAAGCUGGCAAAAGUUUUGACCUGCUGCUCCUGCGUGAGGUUGUCCAGAAAAUGGCAGGCAUUGAAAUUUCCGAGGAAAUCACUGGGGACCAGCUGGAUGCCAUGUCGGGUGGAGAGUUGCUUCGACAAGAGGGUGGCUACUUUUCUCAAGUAAGAAAUACAAAAAAAUCAUCGACUCGUCUCAAGGAUACUCUCUUGGAACAUGACUUGGCUCUGUCUCUGUGUCUAAUGAUAGCUCAACAUAGAGAUGGCGUUAUAUUUCACGAAGGUGCUGACACACACCUCAAGCUCAUUGGCAAGCUCUAUGAUCAGUGCCAGGACACCCUGGUUCAGUUUGGAAGUUUCUUGUCCAUGCAGCUGAGCUCUGAGGAAUUUGUUAAACGUUUGCCAGAUGUUGACACUCUCAUCACAACAUAUCAUAUACCCCCAGAUGCAGCCUUCUUCCUCUGUAGGCCUGCAUUUACAUAUGCAAUUAAUUCAAAGUUUGAUGAACUCAGGAAAAUUGACAAGAGCAAUAAGCACAACUCUAGUCAACACAAAAUGCAGAGAUAUAUAGAGGCAUCCGAGUUUGUCAAUGGUCCUGUGAUAGAGUUGGUACGGCCACUGUACACUCCUAAAGUAUGGGAAGAUCUCAGUGCCCCUUUCUUUGUGACGUUUUGGUCCCUACAAAUGUACGACCUGGCGGUGCCCUCCAACGUGUAUGACAAACAGAACCAGCAGCUCAGUGCACAAAUCAACGCUAUCGAGGAUAAUAAAGACAUGCCUCAGAGUAAGAAAAAGAAGGAAAAAGAAAGGUGUAACACACUGAUGGACAAACUGAAAGACGAAGAAAAAAAACAAGGCGAGCAUGUGGCACGUGUCCUCAACAGACUCAAGAAUCAAAAGGAACAGUGGUUCAUCUCCAGAUCAACAAAGAACGAGACAAUAACACAGUUCCUACAGCUGUGUAUAUUCCCGAGGUGUUGUUUCACAGCUAUUGAUGCCUUGUACUGCUCCAAGUUUAUACACAUACUACAUGACUUGAAGACUCCUAACUUUUCAACUCUCAUCUGUUAUGACAGGAUUUUCUGUGAUAUUACCUACACUGUGACAUGCUGUACAGAGAACGAGGCUCAUCGUUACGGUCGCUUUCUCUGUGCUGCCCUUGACACCAUAAUGAGAUGGCAUAGCAACAAGAGUAUCUAUGAAAAGGAGUGUGCUAGUUACCCUGGGUUCGUGACAGUAUUCCGUAAAGGUACAGACAGUAACAACAAGGCAGAUCAGCUGGAUUACGAGAACUAUCGUCAUGUGUGUCACAAGUGGCAGUUCAGGAUAACUAAGGCCAUGGUGUCAUGCCUGGAGUCUGGGAAGUUCAUUCAGAUCCGCAAUGCUCUCAUUGUUCUUACAAAGAUCCUGCAGCACUACCCACGUAUUACACAGUUUGGCCAGGCACUGGAGCGUCGUGUAGACAGACUGAGACAGGAGGAGAAGGAUAAACGACAAGAUAUUUAUGCCCUUGCCAUGGGGUAUUCAGGUCAGCUUAAAAGCAAAAAGACUUCCUGGGUUCAAGAAGCAGAAUUCCACUUGAAAGACAAAGAGGUGAAAAGCACAGCAAAGACCACUAGUAAUUCCUCCCAACAGGCUAGUAACCAGUCUACCAAUGGUGUCACAGAGAAUGGAUCUAAAAAGACAAAUGGGGAGGCGAAAUCUCAGUCAAAGAGGACAGAAAAUGGAGAAGUCUCAAGUUCAAAGUCAAAAGAUCCCAAAGACAGUAAGGAGGUCAAAGAGAAGAAGUCACGUGAACCAGCAGAGAAAAAAGAAAAAUCCGAUACCAAAUCAAAGAUGUCAUCUGAGAAAUACUCUGGAAAUGUAGAAGAGAGGAGAGAAAUAACAUCCAGCUCCAAAAAAGACAAAGAAAGCAACCAUAAAGACAAAGAAGAGAAAUCGUCCAAGGAUAAAGACAAGUCUCAUAUGGAAGACAGGUCCAAGGAUAGGGGCCACAGUAGCAAAGAUGUUAAACAUCUCAAAGAGGAUGACACCGAGUGGGUAGCCAAGGAGGAUCGAGGCCACUCCUCAAAGGAAGAAAAGUCUAUGAGGACUAAGGAGGAAAAGGUCCGUAUCAAGGAAGAACCCAGAGAAAGGAAAGUUGAGAUGAAGGUAGACAAACCAAACAAACGUGAAGACAAACAUGAGAAGGUAAAACUGAAAAGAAUGUAUGAUACAGAAGCUAGGGACAGUAGUCGAGAAGUGAGGGAUGCUGGCCGGGACACAGGGAGAGAGUACCGAGAGUCACCCAAAGAGAGAGAGGGCCACCGAGAGAGGCGAGUGGAGGAACAUCCUGAGAGAGCAUCCAGCGUAGGUUCCAGUGGUAGCCAUGGAUCCGCCAACCUUCGUCGUAGCCCAGACAAGUCACCUCAGUAUGCAGAUGAACGAGAUGGAAAACGCCGCCGCCUGGACACCUCCGCCACACCUUCAAGUUCCAAGGAAAGUGUUCGGAGUGAAUCACGAGAAAGACACAAGCGGAGUCCAUCACAUGAGAGGGAGAAAGACCGAGACAGGGAGAGGAGGGACAGAAAGAGGGGAAAAGAGAUAGUAUAUAAAGUAAAGGAAAGCCUUGAUGAUCGAAGUGAGGUUGAGACUAAGAGAAGAAAAAGUCUGGAGCCGUCCACAAGUAAAUCCAGUUCAAAAGUGAAUGGAGAUGCAGAAAGACACAUCAGCAAAUCUGUAGAAAAAUCUCAGAAACAUGACAAGUUGAUGGCUUCAGCGCUGCUACAGGAGGAGGAAGCCUCGCCACAGAGAACAAAAAAGGACAAAGAAAAGUCGAAGAAAAGUGACCGUAGUGAUAAGGAAAAGAGCAAAGAUAAAUCGUCCAGUUCAAAGAAGAGCAAAAAAUGAUGACAAGUGUUCUUAAAUCAACAAUAAUCUAUUACUUUGAAGAAGAUUUGCCGAUAUACCCUGAUAAAUUAUUUUUGAGUGCCCGUUGGUCAUUACAUACAUUCAUUGUAUACAUACAUGUAUACAGAUCAUAAAGAUUAUAUUAUUUCUGACAGUGCUACACAGGAGUGGGCGAAAGCGUCUUAGUUUGAAAGAAGAGAAUACAUUUUCCAGGAUAGGAAAUAUGUGCUGUUUUUGCUGUACAAGAUGUGUGAAAGGACGGCGAUAUCUGAUUUUCUGUUAAGUCUUUCAUUCAAGUUGAAAACUUGUUGAUAUUGUUAGUGAUAGUAUAUGUGAUGUGAGUGACGUGUACAACAUGGAUGGAACUAGAGGUAUUAUACUGCGAGAAACCGUUUUAUGUCUGCCGGGUGAUCAGACUCUGUGCAAGUGAAUCAUGGAACAAAAUAUGUCUUGUCUGAAUAAUUUUAUUAUCAUGAACCUGAAUAUGAAAUAUAUAAAACAUGAAAAAUGGA